AUGAAAGUGUACGAGCGGGAUUCCCAAAAGGAACUUGAGAUAUAUCGCCAUUUCAACUCCUACACGACCGAGUAUGUUGGCUCGACGCUGGUACGGACUGCCUUCGAAUUCUUCGACAUUGAGACACCCACAGGCCAUCAUCCGUGCAUUAUUCACAAACCUCUUGGGAUGAGCCUGGCAGGACUUAAGGGCGAGACCCGGCGGAAGUUCGCCGAAGAUCUUCCCAAACUCACCUUGACUCACAUCUUUCUUGCUCUUGACUUCCUACGUUCUAAAAGCCGGCGUCAUUCAUACUGGUAUGGCCCUCGCCCCGGCAUCAUGCUCAUCUGGGUGAGUUAG